UUAUGUUUUCCCCCCUUCUGACCUUCUCUCUCUCCGGUUCCGCUUCCGCUUCCGCUUCCCAUCUUUUUUUUGUUUUGUUUUCCUCUGCACUUUCUUGUUUGUUUUCCUUCAAAUCUCUCGGCUAUUUGGGUUUUUCCUGUACCCUUUCUUUGACGGUGGGUUGUUCUAUAUGAACCACUCUCUCCAAUUCCUCUCAUUCCUGCUUACAUAAACAGAGAUUCUAGAGAGAGAGAGAGAGAGAGAGAGAGAGAGAGAGAGAGAGAAUUCAGGACUAUGGACGGAAAGAAGCAAAUGGGUUCAUCUUCCUCCUUCACUACUGAUCUUUUCGGUUCGACGGAGUCCUCUGCUUCGUCGUCGUCGGGUAUUUUCGGGUCUAUUUUCGCGCCUUCGUCCAAGGUAUUUGGGAGGGAGUCUCUGCGCUCUGAGGCUGUUGGGAUGAAGCAAGACUCUGCAAAUCAGGUUUGGAACCCCAAACCAGGAUCUCAAGAAAAGGUCCCUUGGAGCAGUGGAGGAGAAUAUCAGAAUGUACCUAACAAGGACUCAAAUCCUUACUAUCAAGAACAAAGAGUACAACCGUGUCACCUCAGCUCAUCAAUAUAUUAUGGGGGUCAAGACGUCUAUUCUCAUCCGCAGAAAACUCAGCCCUCUGGGUACUCAACGGUCAAUAAUGAAGGGGGAGAAGAUGAUUUGGGCAUUGCUUCAAGAGGAAAUUGGUGGCAAGGGUCUCUAUAUUACUAAGAGCCAACCACCUUUGGCAUGUGAAUUUACCCUACAUUAUACUUAGGAAAUAAAAUACCUAGGACAUCAGUUUAUCCCACCUUGUAUAUGUGGGACGAUAGAGACGGAUAGUAGCAGUCGUUGCAGAUUGCCGUUUGUUGCUUCCCGCGGCGAAACAGCAAAACAAUCGCAUAUAGUCUAGUUAUGUGUACCCCUUGUAUUUUUCUCUUCUGCUUUUCCGCCAUCUUCCUAGUGUAUAGUAUAGUUAAAAUCGCGACAAAUCAUAUGUUCGAUUGUAAAGGAUGUUCGUUUAGUAUAACUUAUUUGUGCUGUCAA